AUGAAUCGGUCAUAUUUUACUCUAGUCCUGAUAUCAACUUUCUUAAAGCUAGUAUGUGGUCAUACAGAAAGAACCCUUCACGAGAAACGGUUCCCUCCCCGAGAACUAAAGGACCUUGGAAUUUUUCAUCCAUAUCAAGAACAGAUACCAAGACAUUGCUGGAACCCACCGAGAAAUGCGGACAUUCACAAAUGUUGUCCGAUACCUAGAUUGUAUUCUGAUGAAAUUUUGGACAGUUGUGGUAUUGAGAAAAUAGAAGAAGAUGAAGAACCGAAACGUGGUCUAUCGAAGCUCGCGUGCAAAGACGGGAUGUGUUUGAUGAGAAAAUCAAACCUGCUAACAGAAGACGAACGAGUUGAUUACGAGAAAUUGAGGAUUUACCUCGACCAAUGGGCAGCAGACAACCCUGAUUUCACUGAAGCUAUUUUGGAAGCCAAAAAGCAUUGCGCGUACAAAGAGAGUGCAGAAUUCUCCAAUUGUGAUCCAGAUCAUAUAUACGUUUGCUUGACUGCACAUAUCAUUUGGCACUGUAAAUUUAAGGACACUUCUGAGUGCAAAGAACUUCAUGAACAUAUUGAAGAAUGCAGGCCUUAUUACUAUCGGAAAGAAGACGAGAGCUUGGAAUGGCACCCUAAUACUGAUACUAAACAUAGAUACGAAUAG